GGGGCGAUGAAGGCCCGGGGCGGCUUCGCGCCGGGGUCGUCUCCGCGGGACGGUCCCGAUUCCGCCCGGAGGAGCCCCUUUCUCUGGGGGCUGCUGGGCCUCGGGCUGUGGUGCUGGCAGGCUGCCGGGAUGUUCGAUCCGGACCAGGUAAAACCCCGCAUUGUCAUGGAGCAGUUGCUGUGGGUCAGUGGCGGUGAAAUCGGGGAGGUGGACACGUUCAGGAUACCCCUCAUCACGGCGACGCCUCACAGCACCCUUUUGGCCUUUUCGGAAGCCAGGAAGACGUCUUCUUCUGACAGUGGAGCUAAAUUCAUAGCCCUUCGCAGAUCAGUAGACAAAGGUGCUAACUGGAGCCCAACUUCAUUCAUAGUUGAUGAUGCUCCCCUAACAGACGGCCUCAACCUUGGAGCUGUGGUGGUCGAUUGGGAAAAGGAGAUGGUGUUCUUGGUGUAUACGCUCUGCGCGCACUACCAAGGGUGCUCCACCGCCAGCGUCAUGAUAAUUCGCAGCUGUGAUGACGGGGUCACGUGGAGUCUUCCCCGUAACCUCUCUGAGGAAGUUGGCACAACCAUGUUUGCCCCUGGACCAGGUUAUGGCAUCCAGAAACACUACGAGCCCAAGAAGGGACGUUUGAUCGUUUGUGGCCAUGGAACUUUAGAACUGGACGGGAUCUCCUGCCUACUCAGCGAUGACCAUGGCACAACCUGGAAAUAUGGGCAACAGCCCUUGCAUGGGAUCCCUUACGGCAUGCAGAAGAAUUUCAGUGACUUUAAUCCUGAUGAAUGCCAGCCCUAUGAGUUGCCAGAUGGCUCCGUGGUGGUGAACGCCAGGAACCAGAACUUCUACCACUGCAGAUGUCGCAUAGUGGUUCGCAGUUACGACGCCUGUGAUAGCCUUCCGCCUGAGAAUGUGAGAUUUGAUGAACUUUUAGUGGAUCCUGCAGUGGCUGCAGGAGCUCUAGUCAAAUCUGGUCUGGUUUUCUUCACUAAUCCAGCCCAUCAUCAGUUGCGAGUCAACUUGACAUUGCGCUGGAGCUUCACCAACGGAUCUUCUUGGUGGAAACGGCCCUUGCUGAUCUGGAGAGGAGCCAGUGGCUACUCCUCCAUGACAACGUUGGACAGAAAUGGUCUGUGGGGUGACAACUGCCUCUUCAUCAUUUACGAGAAGGGCGAAGCCCAGUAUACAGAGAGCAUCUCUGUGGCCAAGAUUAGCCUCAACGGUCAGCUCUGACCAUCCUCAAGGGCUCAACCAGCUCCCUUUCUGGGCAUCAGAAACGUUCUCAGACUUUGUAAUUGCAGGGAAAGGAAGAUCUGUGCUGAGACUGGGGAGAAACCAAACAGCCUGGUGGAGGGGACUGUUCAGUGCGAUUGAAGGACGUAGCUAGAGAGCUUGGGCAUGUCCCAGCAGAAAUAGGAGUGGCUCCAGAGGACCACCAAUUAUUCUCCAGCUCACCCCACACUGCCCUUCGUGCCUGCCUACUAAGCAAUAUACACCCGAACCUCUCCUUCAUUUCUUUCUGGCUUUCUGAGGUAGAAUCUAAUUUUCUGUGCUUCUCUUACAUUUCUGAAUGAGUAGAGAUUUAUGGAAAGUGUGAGCAGAUCGGGUAGGAUGGGCAGAUCCGUGGAAUGAAACACAAAGGUAGCCGUGAUCAGAUUUGCAAUGAAUAAAUUAAUGCACCUUCACUGACUCUCUUGAAAAUAAACUGAAAUGGAAUCGAGUGCAGAAGAUGUCGCUUGCUGGCCCAAAAAACUAAAACCUGCAUAGAUGGACCUGGGAGUUCACAAGCAGGGGGGUGUGUGGGAGAACAAGCCAGUUUUUCUUCUGUGUCCACCAAGAUCUCUGAUUUCAAAUGAAUGUAUUUAAAACCUAUUUCCCCAUUUUUCUGAUGGAACAGGUUGCCUGUGCGGCUUACAAAAAUAAGGGAAGUUGGGCCGUGAAUUUUAGAGUGUAAAAAUACAUGGCACAAAACAAAAAGGGGUUGGGGCAGGGGGGAGAACAAGCAGGCAAUGGUUUUGAGGUACAUUUGUAAAAAUAUUCUUCGAGCAGAUGUGCCUGAAACAAGCUCUCUGCAUCUGCUACUUCGCUACUGACAGACCUCAGGAGUGGGAAAUCCAUGGGCUGCAUUGAGCCUCCCGCCCAACCUAGUUUUUACUCCUCCAGCACCUCAAGAUCAGCAAAACAGUUGCAUUUUGGUGGCCUGUUUUCAAGGACGGAUUGACAAUGGUUUGUACCCAUAGAUUUCCAUUCAUUCCUACCCUAAAAAUCCCAGCCUUAAAUCCACCCAUCUUAAAGUUGCUAAGCUUAAGGAACACCGCUCUAACCAGUUGAAGCACUUACCCUUGCUUAUCUUUUGAAGAUGAGUCCAUCAUGCUUCCUGGAUUUAGUUGUUUCUUUACGCCAGUGGCUAGAGGUUAAUCUGCACAUACUUUGCUUUCUUUUCACUCACACAUCUCAUGGGCCCAUACUGGGACCUUAAGGUAAAGGUAAAGGUUUCCCUUGACGUAAAGUCCAGUCGUGUCCGACUCUAGGGGACGGUGCUCAUCUCCGUUUCUAAGCCUUAGAGCCGGCGUUGUCCGGAGACACUUCCGGGUCAUGUGGC